AUUGAACACGUCAAUCUCGACGGCACUGUCCAACCCAUAAUAGAAACAGGAUAUGCUUCAGCGGUAGCAUGCCAGAACUGCCGCGGCUCCCUCGGUCCUGGUCGUCGACGCUCAAACUCCCCAAGUCGUCGUUCCCUCCGCGAGUGUCGGCUGCGGACCAGGCGAAAUAUCUGCGACGAUGCACCGAUGAUCUCUACGCCUGGCAACGCCAGGAACGGCCAGCUGAUCAGACCUUUAUUCUCCAUGAUGGUCCUCCGUAUGCGAAUGGCGAUCUACAUAUUGGACAUGCUCUCAACAAGAUUCUGAAGGAUAUCGUCUGCAGAGUGCAACUGGGUAACGGGAAGAGGGUACAUUACGUGCCGGGAUGGGACUGCCACGGCCUACCCAUUGAACUGAAAGCACUCCAAGGCCAGGAUUUGUCGAAGGCUAUUAAUGGAAGCCUGGGUGCUGCCAUAAUCCGCAAGGCUGCGCGGAGGUUGGCGGAGAGGACGGUUAGGGAGCAGAUGAAGGGGUUUCGGAGCUACGCCGUCAUGGCGGAUUGGGAUAAUCAUUGGAAGACGAUGGACAAGGACUUUGAGAAAAGACAAUUGGGUGUGUUUCGUGAAAUGGUCGAGAAGGGACUUGUCUACCGGAGAUUCAAACCUGUUUAUUGGUCACCAUCGACGCGAACGGCUCUAGCAGAGGCUGAAUUGGAAUACAAGGAUGACCAUGUGUCGACUGCGGCUUUGGUCAAGUUUUCUCUCGUCACAAUUCCAUCUCAUCUGGCUGAGAACCCGUUGCUUAAUGCUGACAAUAUCUCUGCGGUUAUCUGGACAACAACUCCUUGGACUCUUCCUGCGAAUGCUGCCAUGGCUGUUCACAAGUCACUCGAAUAUACUAUAGUCCAGUCGGAGAAACAUGGUCACUUGCUGGUUGCGCAAUCUCGGUUUGAAUAUCUCCAGAGCAUGCUGAAGGAGGAUCUAGCUGUCGUCGUUCCAUCUAUCCUGGGCUCGGAAUUGGCCGACCAAACAACGUAUCGGCCACUGUUCAAAGGCCAGGACGCAGCACCGCAGCCGAUCAUUUCUGCCGAUUUUGUUACAGCGGACUCUGGAUCAGGUCUUGUUCAUUGCGCCCCCGGUCAUGGUAUGGAGGACUACGAGGCCUGCCUUGCACGUGGUAUUCCCGCAUUCGCCCCUGUCGACGAUGAAGGAAGGUUCACCGACAAAGCAAUGCCUGAUGACCCGGCAAGAUUGAGUGGGAAACUGGUCCUUGAUGAUGGAAAUGCUGCCGUUCUUGAUUAUGUUGAAAUGCAAGGCGACCUACUCGCCAAGCAUCGAUAUGAACACAAGUAUCCCUACGAUUGGCGGUCCAAGCUUCCUAUCAUCAUCCGGGCAACUGCGCAAUGGUUCGCGGAUGUUGGCGAUAUUCGUUCCAGUGCAGUGAACGCCUUGGAGAAUGUGCGCUUCGUGCCUGAGUCAGGAAAACUUCGUCUGGGGAACUUUGUGAAAAACCGUAGCGAAUGGUGUAUCUCACGACAACGUGCUUGGGGCGUUCCAAUUCCUGCUCUUUACCAUUGUGGCACUGGUGAGGCAGUGCUCACAAGGGAUAGCGUGUCUCAUAUCAUGAACGUAAUUGAAGAGCGCGGCAUCGAUGCCUGGUGGACAGACGACGCAAAUGACCCUGCAUGGAUUCCACCGUCACUCCGUGAAGCAUCUGGAGCGGAUUACCGACGCGGAACAGAUACCAUGGAUGUGUGGUUUGACAGUGGUACCAGCUGGGCUGUUCUCGAUGCCCGCAAGAAUGAACCCCCUGCUGAUGUCUAUCUUGAGGGAACAGACCAACACCGUGGCUGGUUCCAAUCUGGACUUCUCACUUUUGUUGCGCAUCAGCUUGCUUCUGGCCAGUCCAGUAGUCCUUGUGCGCCUUUUAAGAACCUCAUAACACACGGUUUUACUCUAGAUGAAGAUGGUCGUAAAAUGAGCAAGUCCAUCGGAAACGUGAUCCAUCCACAAACCAUCAUGGAUGGAACACUCCUCCCUCCUCUGAAACAAAAGAAAGGCAAGGGCAAAAGGAAGCAGCCGGUGAGCCAGGGGCCAGUCUACGAUGCUAUGGGCCCUGAUGCGCUAAGGAUGUGGGUUGCCAGUAGCGACUAUACUCGGGAUGUUGUGAUCGGAAAGGAGGUUCUCCAGACAGUUAACAUCAGCCUACACAAGUAUCGAGUCACUUUCAAACUUCUAUUGGGUGCUCUGUCAGAUUUCAACAUGGAUAAUACGGUUCCUUACAAGCGUCUGCAUAAGGUUGAUCACAUCGCACUCGCGCAGCUAUCUGAACUAGUCGUAGCAUGCCGGAGUGCCUUUGACAAGUUUGAAUUUUACAAAGCUGUCAAUGCCAUCAACCGAUGGGCCAAUCUCGAGUUCUCUGCAUUCUACAUGGAGGCUAUCAAGGACAGACUCUACACACACGGUGAGAAUAGCGCAAGCAGACGCGCUGCGCAGACAACUCUGUUCCAUAUCUACCAUUAUCUCCAAGAGGUUCUGGCCCCUAUAACACCUAUGCUCAUCGAAGAGACCUGGGAACAUACACCCGAGGCCAUUAAAUCCGCAUGCGAACACCCACUGAAGCGGGUUUUCUCCUCCCCAGAUCCUCAAUGGCAAGAUCAGUCUCUUAAUUGGGAUUACCGUAACCUCACGGCAGUGAACUCGGUGGUCAAGAAUCUGCAGGAAAGUGCACGGAUGAAGAAGCAAAUGGGAUCAUCCCUUCAAUCAUUCGUCCACCUCGUUGUUCCCUCGAAAGUGUCUGUUUUCAAUCGCUACUUGCAUGAACUGCCCGACCUUUUCGUCGUUUCAUCUGUUACGCUCGGGGAGAAUGGCGAUCCGGUCCCAGAUGAAAUUGCAAAUUCAGAAUGGCAAUACACUGACGAGGUUCGGCUUCCCGAUGACCACACGGGAACUGUGUACGUCUACGCACCGCAAGCGACCAAAUGCCCUCGUUGCUGGCGGUAUGCUGUUCCGGAGGCAGAAACUACUGAGAACACGCUUUGUGAUCGCUGUGAGGAGGUUGUCCAGGAGCUCGAUAGGACCUCAGCAUAAAGUGGCUCCGUUAUUUUCUUCAUUUUCCUGUCUUCUACAUGUAAAAUUGCAUUCUCAUAACCCUGUAUAGUAUAGGAUAUAGCCCAAAAUUGAUGUUACCGGUGGAUAAUCUUCUUCCUGUAUUUUCCUAAUAGCUAUUGGGCAUGUCCACAUCCUCAUACCAAAGAAAUCAUUAGCCACACC